AUGAAACUCAACUUUUCAAUCUUUAUCAAGCUUUUGACAAUACAAUACCUUUCAGUUCUUUGUGUUUCUGAAGAUUUUGAUUUUUUCUACUUCGUUCAACAGUGGCCAGGAUCUUACUGUGACACAAAACAUAGUUGUUGCUAUCCAAGGACUGGGAAACCAGCUGCAGAUUUCGGCAUCCACGGACUUUGGCCUCAGAAUAAAGACGGAUCGUACCCACAAAACUGUAACCGGGAUAGUUCUUUGGAUGAAGACCAGAUCUCAGACUUGACAAGCAGUUUGCAAAAGGAUUGGCCGUCAUUGUCCUGCCCCAGCAGCACCGGCUUCAGCUUCUGGUCACAUGAAUGGGAAAAGCACGGGACCUGUGCAGAGUCCGAAGAAAUUGACCAGCACGGUUACUUUGAAGCAGCUCUUAAGCUGAAGGAAAAAGCAAACCUUCUCCAAGCUCUUAAAAAUUCAGGAAUUAAACCAGACGAUGAGUUUUAUGACUUGGACAGCAUAAAAGAAGCUAUAAAAGAAGCAACUGGAUUCACUCCAGGCAUAGAGUGCAAUACCGAUGCAUCCAAGAAUAGCCAGAUCUAUCAGGUUUUCAUGUGCGCAGACAUUUCUGGGUCAGAAUUCAUAGAAUGUCCAGUGGUACCAAAGAGAAAAUGUGCGUCAAAGGUUCAGUUCCCUAAGUUUUAG